AUGGAUGUUUUACCCAACAUUGGAGCUGGUCUCGCUUGUCGCGUAGCUGCCCAUAUUGCGGAAGCGCCUCUCAUGUGGCGCUUGCAAGGCGGGAUGCGUUCUCGCUCGACCAGGUGCAGCGUUGCCUGGAGGAGAUGUUUCACAGGUCAUCCUGAUCUGGAGCAUCCUGAGGUGGUGCAGAGUCUUCCCGAGGGGCUGCUGGUGUCCUCUUCUCCAGCAAGCUCUUCGAAGGCUUCUUCUGUGCCGUCGAGGGGAUCAGUCUUGGAACAUGAGGGCUCAUUCUGGGUGAAUGUGUUCGAGGUGGACAAGUACUGGUUUGCCUCGCCUCUACCAGGUUCUGCAGGCAAGGGUGCUAAGGCCAGAUGGACAGGCCUUGAGGAGGGCUCCAUCGAUGUGGUUAAGCUGGUCCAAUGCCUGAAGAGGCCAACGCCCCUCCAGGCGGAGAGGGCGCAACUGUCCACCGGGCUGAACAGCGGUGUGUUGGCAGUGGACGUGCUGGCGCCCAUCGGUGCUGGCCAAUCGAUGCUGAUUUGUGGGCCAGAGGGCGCGGGAAAAAGCACCCUGGCCUCACAGGUCAUGGAGCAAGUGCUCCUUCAGCGCCAUGUGGAUCAGGCGAUCCGCUUUGCCUCGGAUCCCUGCUGUGCCCCGUUGGACACAGUGCUGCACCGCGCCGGGGCCUUGCAACAACUGGUGGCACUUCCCGAUGCAGAUAGCGCGGGUCACGCGGACGCCUCGGCUGCGCUGCUGCCGGCGCUUUGGGCGGCGGUGGCGGCUGCGGAGGACUGCCGCACCUCUGGGCAGACGGCAUUGCUGGUCUUGGAUACGUUGGCACCCUUGCUGGAUGCCUGGCGCUUGGCGGUAAGCAUGGCUGAGGAGGCUUCCGGCUCCUUGGAUCUGGAAUCCUUGAGCGCCCAGCGGCGGGGUGCCUUUGCGAACCUGCUGGAGCGGGCCUCCAAUCUGCACGCGGGCGGCUCUCUGACGAUGCUGGCACUGCUGGAGACGGAGGCUCUAGCAGCCAUGGGUGUGAGCAGUGCCGGAGUGGUCGGGAGUAGACAUACUCCGUCGUCCAGCUAUUCAAUCGAGGAGUUCGGCGACCGCAGGCCCAGUGAGCUUCAAAGACUGGAAAAACUGCAGGAGCGCGGCAUUCCUUUGACGGAACACUCCCUGAAGGCCUUGGGCAUUGCGGUUCCGGGCUCCAAGGUGGAUGAUGGCCUGGCUGCACGAGAGCUGCAAAGUUUGGCGGAUGGACAGGUCGUGCUGGAUCCCUCUCGGAGCCGCUUCCCUGCUAUUGAGCCAGGCGCCAGCUUCUCGCGUUUUGGGCUGGGCUCUACCAGCGGUCCUGAGGCCAAGGCACGAGACGUCCGACCACCUGCUCUACAGGCGGUCGCUGCGCAUUUGCGCACCUUACUGGCCUUGGAGUCGGAGGCUCGCUUCCGGCCAGCGGAACAGGAGGUGGAUCGCCACCAGACACGUCAGAUGGAGUGUGUUGCCGCGGCCCUGCGGCAGCCUGCAGAUGCGCCUUUGUUGUGGCAGGAGAUGACCGCUCUGCUGCUGGCGGCGUCCAGUGGAGCCUUGGAUACGUUGCCCUUGGACGAGGCGAUGGAUUCCUUGGCUGGUGGUUCCAGGUCUCCGCUACUAUUGCAUCUUCGGGAUGCUGCUCCUGGAGCACUGCAGAAGAUUACUGAGGAGGCUCAACCUUCUCAAUCCACCAUCCGCGAGCUGGAGGUGUUUUGCCCACCAAUCCCAAGCCUUGGCCUUCGGAAGCCCAAGCAAUGCAUGGGACGCAAGGCACAUCUCUGGGUGUGGGGCGGUGCCUUGAUCGUGGCGUUGCUUCUGGAAGUCUAUGCACGUCAUGGCGUUCGGGUGAUGUUAACGCUGGGUUUGCUGGCAGCUGGAUUGGCAGCGGCUUGGCUUUGGGAUCUUUGGGUGGAGAAGGCCCUGAAGGGUAGUUCCAUGUGGCUGGAGACCAGGCAAAUGCUUUGGGAAGCUUUGCGAUCACAGCAGCCCAAGAGGACCGACGUGACCGACGUGACGCGGAAACGCCGGGGAGACCGGGAAGAUCCCCGCUUUGACCCACCUGUCGGUCCAGUCUACCGAAAGGCGAAGGACUUUUGCCUGGAAAUCGGUGCGGUGGAGGUGAGGGAGGUCCUCGAGGAUGAGGAACUGUGCCAGGAGCUUUCAGAGCAUUUGCAAUUGAAACCUUUGGAGCUGAAGCGCUUCCGAGCGUUGGCUUCGGAGGUUUCAGCAGAUCCAUCCUUUCAACUCGUCGACCCGGAGGAAGAGGAGCCGGACCCGCAGUCUCCGGAAGAGUGGGCAGCCCAGGAGCAGACGUCUCCCGUUGCAGAGGUCCAUCACCUCGAGGAAGUCGGUGCACCUCGUCACCGACCCGACUUCGAGGAGGCGCCCCAAGCGAAACGGCUCUUCGCAGCUGCGGCCUGGAACAAGCCCGGUCCACGUGGAAAGGGACGAGGGAAAGACGGACUAGUUCGGGCGUCCGGGCGGCACUACUUCGAAGACCGGGAUGACCACGCCGACGACGCCACGGCGACGUGGUCUCAGCCGACAGCCGCCAACCCUUACUUUGGCAGCUUGGCCACUGAGGACACUUGCGCUUGUGGCUCCAGCAACAUAGGCCGUCACAUGUGCUACGACUGCGGGCGCCAACGAGAAGCGCCCUCCAAAUCACAGGUGCCGCCUCACUCGGAGUCCUUUGGAGGAACGGGUGCCAAGGACGGCGGCGGCGCUGGAGGCCGGUCCAGGUUCUGCAUCCACUGCGGCGCACCUCACGUUGCGACAGCAAAGUUCUGCUCGGACUGUGGUGAGAGAGUGGAUGCUCCACCCAUCGACGCUCCACACAUCGAAGGUGGCUCGUCCGGUGGAGCGUCCACCGGACGACGGGGUGCGACCGGCUCGACCAAGGGCGACCCAAAAAGAGGCGGCUAUUUCAAUGCCGAGCAGGAGGUUGAGCAGGAGACAUUCCAAGACUACAAGAAACACCUGCGGGACGAGGUGUUGAAGAGCCCUCCCAGCGAGCGAGGUGUAGGUGCCUACAUCCGCAGCGUGACCGGCGAGCUUUGGGGCCGUGUGGUUUGUGACCAGGGCCGCUCGUGGCAGCUGGCCAGUGGCCGAAGCGCCAAGAAGGAGAAUGAGGGGAAGAUCUGGAACUUCGAGAAACCCAGCAAUGUUGCAAAGGCCAACACAGCUUUGGUCCCCCAAACCCAAAGGCAGACGUCCGUCCUCGAUGAGCUGGCGGAAAAGAGGCGCCAAGAGGAGGCGGCCUUGGCCGCCAAGCGCGAAGCCGCGCGCCGGAGGCGCCGGGAAGAGGAUGCCAAGCCGAACGGCGCAGCGGCGCGGCCGCGUGGCGCGGUGGAGCACGUGGAGCGGCGGGUCGACCCGGACGACAACCAGAGCUACACCUGGGAGGAGUUGAGGGAGCGAUAUCGCGGGAUGUUCUCAGAGGCUGAAGUCCUCGAGUACUGGCAGAAGGACUGCAAAGUGGCGCCGAGCCCUUUAGGUCCACCCGGUCGCGGCCCAGAGGUCCGAACAGACCCCGACGAUCACCAGGUCUACAGCUUUGAUGAGCUGGUCCGGAAGUACAAAGGUGCUUUUUCCCUAGCUCAGAUCGAGGAGUAUUGGUUGGAGGAGUGCCAGUUGUACUGA